AUGUUUGCUCUGCCUUCCUCCGCCAUCGUGGUGCGUGCGGCCAUUCUGUUCUUCACUACAUCUUCUCACAAGACUUUCGGACUCAAGCAGUUUCUGGCCAAAAAACAGAAGCAAAAUCAUCCCAUUCCCCAGUGGAUCCAAAUGGAAACUGGUGAUAAAAUCAGGUACAACUGCAAGAGGAGACGCUGGAGAAGAACCACGCUGGGUCUCUGA